GGGUGAGAGAUAGAGCGAGAGAGGGGCGGGACUUAGAGACUGCUUAGCCACGGGUCUUCCUGUUGUGACAGUCUUUGGAAACUGUGUGGGUCUGUGGAGAGAGCAAAGUGCCGGGCAGGAGAAAGGGAGAGAGAGAGAGAGAGAGAGAGAGAGAGAACAGAGGAAGAGGACCUCACUUUGGAGUGAGGAGGAAACUCUGAUAAGUCUAAAAACCAACACACCAACCAGCAAUGGGGAAACAGAACAGCAAGCUCCGUCCUGAGGUGAUGCAGGAUCUUGUGGACAGCACAGACUUCACUGAGCACGAGAUCCAGGAGUGGUACAAGGGCUUCCUGCGGGACUGCCCCAGCGGCGCUCUAUCCCUGGAGGAGUUCAAGAAGAUCUACGCUAACUUCUUCCCGUACGGAGACGCCUCCAAGUUCGCAGAGCACGUCUUCCGCACCUUUGACGCCAAUGGUGACGGAACGAUAGAUUUCAGAGAGUUCAUCAUUGCACUGAGCGUUACGUCCCGUGGUCGCCUGGACCAGAAGCUCAAAUGGGCCUUCAGUAUGUACGACUUGGACGGCAAUGGCUACAUCAGCCGCGAUGAAAUGCUGGAAAUUGUGCAGGCCAUCUAUAAGAUGGUUUCCUCAGUGAUGAAGAUGCCGGAAGAUGAGUCAACACCAGAGAAGCGCACAGAGAAGAUCUUCAGACAGAUGGACACAAAUCGUGAUGGCAAGCUGUCUCUGGAGGAGUUUGUGGAAGGAGCGAAAAAUGACCCAUCAAUCGUACGGCUGCUUCAGUGUGACCCCAGCAGUGCGGGGCAGUAAAACAGCUGUCUCUGGGUGACAGACCUCGUCCACUGUCUCAUCUACCCUGUAUCUGUUCAGCAUCACGCCCCACCACCAUGUACACCAACCCUGGUUUCAUCUACUGUAGACAGGUCACUGGUGUGGCUUCCUUUGCUCAGAGAGACAUGCACACACACACACACACACACACACACACACACACAUACACUCACACACACACACACUUAAAUGCAAACACAUGUAUACAUACAAACAUCACAACUCUGCAUGUCUCUUUUAGUCAGAUGUCUGCCAUGCUUCCAAACCUUUCUAAUAAGGUCCAAUCGAGAACUGUAUAAUCAAAGCCACAGUACUUCAAAGUAGCCAGUGCGGUUAAAAAAACAAAACAAAAAAGGACAGAGGCUGAGGGCUAGAAAACCCAAAGAACGUGUUCUGGAGUGUGGAUGGGCUGAAGCCCACCCGAGGCUGCCCAUCAGACUGUGAAGCAAAUGCCUGAAUGUGAAAUGGCAUUCUGGGUUUUGGAUUCCUCUCACCGCAGCUGAUCCAAACUUUGAUGUGUGAGAGGGACACUGUUAAAGUAAGGCAAAUGUAAAAAAAUGUAUUCUUUUUUGGAAAACAAAGAAGUAUAUGGUUCAUUCAGUUCAAUAGCAUUCAAGCACACGUAAAGAAUAAAAAAAGAUGUUUCUAGAGAAACCAUGGUAAUACUUCACUCUCCAUUCAGAACUAAGAGCCAAUUGGAGAGUAAGUGCAACCCAUGUACCCACCCAGUGACGUCACAAGUCACAGGGUGAUGUGAAUAUCCUUGAGCUUGACUUUUCUGUUACACUGGUUGUUUUAACCCAAAGGAACUUGUUAUUGCCUCUUUCAGAAUAUGCAUGAAAACUUCCAAAUUAGAAGAUCAUAUAUCACCCAAGAUUUGUAGCAUUCACAUUCUCUUUGAGCUCUUUCAGAAAAGACUCAUGGACUUCCUAAGGCUGAGUACAGCUACAUUAUAUUGGAUAAUUGAAGGCAGGAAAAUCUAGAUGGAGGUAUUAGGUCAUGACAAAAUUUAGGAUAUAUAUAAUAUAUGUAUAUAAAUUUAUUCUUUUACGUGGUGAUAAAGGUGGUAUUUGCCACACUAAAAGAGAUUCACUUUAAAAUGUUCAAAUGUUAAUUAUUGAAAUAUGAAUUUGUUUUUGUUUUUUAAUUUCAAAGCAAAUAUUCACAUGUAAAGUACAUACAUAUUUAUGUUAGGAAUGUAAAGGCAAAAAAGCAAGGACCACACAUUUUGCUAUGCACAUACUUUUGUACACCCUUUAGAGCAAAUGCAUAUGUUUUUAAAGAAUCUCAAAAUCACACAUUUAUCCAUUUAAUCUACAGAGGUUUAUUAGUUAAAAAGGCAUGAAUGUGUGCAUCAGUACUCUUUGUGUACAUAGAGUGUAAUCUAAAUGUUCAUGUCCCCCUUCCCUGUAUCGCACAGUAUAGCCCAUCAAUGCACCUGUUGGGAAAGGCCUCAAUUCUGUAGACUUCUGUCAUGGUCCUGCAAUUUCUAAAAGGUUGUCUACCUUUAUUUAAAUUGAGAUAAAACAUAUUUAUAAUGCAAAAACACAAGGACAAUUUAUUGGGAGAAUUGAUUGAACACAGGCUUCCCCAUAACCACCCAAUCUCUUGCACUGAAUGCACUUCAAAUCUAAAGGAGUGCUAGACUAAUCCUAGAGAUUUCAGAAUUCUCUGCAUUUUUAUUUUAUUUUAUUGGGUCUUUUGUGUGUCUGUCUGGCUUUCAAAUAUGUGUGAAGCAUGCAUGUAUGGUACAGCUUUGAUGAACCAGUGUUUUACCUGCAUUUGUGGUCCCAUGGCUCUUUUUUAAACAGGCGUGUUAUGCGUAUGCAACUUGUCAUGACAUACUAAUAGCACCCUUGAUGGAAAUGUCUUGGGCACUUAUUAUUUGCUUGAAGAGCAGAAGAUGAAUCCCACAGUUUUAGGUAUGAAGGGGAUGUGUGUGAAGGUGUGUUAAUGCUCUCUCACACACACACAAACACUGAUCAAACUCAGGGUUGUCUGUAGAGUUCAGGUGGAGUGAGGUGAAAGACUUGCUCAAACAGACAGGAAGAGUAAGGCCAAAGUGAUGUCUGUUUGCAGCCAGAUUAUAAAAACAUUUACACAAAGAACCAAAAAAAAUGACAUAAUCAUUUAAACAUACUUAAGUCACGCACACGCACAGCUCAGUCUCACUGCAUUUCAGACCACAUUCUAAAGAAGACAUUCUUAUGAAGUCCUGAAGUCCUCUUCAAAUGGCCACUUGGCCAAAUACAGUAGUUUACAGCCAAGAUCAACACUGGUUAUCAGACUGUGGUGAAUGCCUACCAGCAGUUGCUGGUUUGUGGACAUGGUCAUUUCAACCAUUAUAAUCGAUUUUAAAAACAAGAUUGUAACCUGCUGAAAUAAUGACUGAUUUUAAAGCAUUAAAUACAGCAUCAGGCAUUUCACUUGUGUUAAUCACAGAGUAGCAACAUGUGGUCAAGUGCCAAAUAUAUGAUAAACCAGUAUUGUAUGAAUUUAUACUGUACAAUUGUUAUCUGUUAAACAAAAUGUUUGUCAUUGUUCCAUUUUGUAGAUUUUGUAACUUGUACUUUGUGUCAGUGUAGAUUCUAAACACAGACAUCUGUUUUGGUUAUCUAAUAAAGAAAGAAAAAUAAUUA